AUGGCCCGCGCGGGCCCCUUCUCAAGGCCCCUGGGAGCAGCAGCAGCAGAUGCAACAGCAGCAGAUGCAGCAGCAGCAGCGUCAGAUGCAGCAGCAGCAGAUGCAGCAAAAUCAGUAGAAAAUGCAGCAGCUGAUGCGCCGGCAGCAGCACCAACUGCAGCAUCAGCAACGGAGAACAAUGACACAGCAGCAGUAGGCUCAGCAGCAGCAGCAGCAGCAGCAGCAGCGGCAGCAGCAGACAUUAUCGCUGAGCAGCAGGUGCGGCAGCAAAUUGACGCCCUGCUGUCUCCUUCCAGGGGCCCCCCAGUCCCUCGAAGGCCUUGUAGAGGCAAAAGGGGGGCCCCCAACCCUCGGGGGGCCCCCCCUAAUGGGGCCUUUGGCUGGGGGCCCCCCCGACGGGGGCCUCUUGUUGGGGAGGCCCCCGGGGGGCCCCCCUGUGGAGCCCGAUACCCUUCAGAAAGGGGCCCCCUUCGGGCAGCAGCAGCAGCAGCAGCAGCAGCAACAGCAACAGCAACAGCAACACCAACGGAGUCAGCAGCAGCAGCAGCAGCAGCAGCAGCAGCAAGGGGAGGGGGCGGCGGAAGGAGGCGCUGCUGCUGCUGCGGUUUGGGCCCCUGGUGCUGCAGCGGAGCAGCAGCAGCAACAGCAGCAGCAACAGCAGCAGCAACAGCAGCAGCAGCAACAGCAGCAGCAGCACGAGCGGCAGCAGAAAAUGGCAAAAGUUGCUUCCGUCGGAAUUCCCGUCAAACUGCUCCACGAGGGGCUCGGCCACACCAUCACUGUGGAAACCAAGACCGGCUCGCUGUACCGAGGCACUCUCGAAAAUGCAGAAGACAAUAUGAACAUGCUCAUCCAGGGAGUGACGGUGACCCACAAGGACGGGAAGGUCCUCUCCCUGGAGCAGGUCUACAUCCGCGGCAGCCAAGUGCAAAUGGUUAUCUUCCCCGACAUGCUGCGCCACGCCCCCAUGUUCAAACUCGCAGACCGCGGCAAAGGCCGCCGCCCCCUCGGGCUCGUUGGAAUGCGCCGCGCGAUGAACAUGCGCAACGCCCGCG